CUGAUGAUUGAUGUCCCUAAGCAUUCCCCAAAUUAAUGGGCGUAGAUUCUUCUGUUAAGAGUGUCAAUGUCCCAAAAGUCCACUUUUUUCCCAUUUUGCACUCGUUAAGAAGCAGUGCCAAAGAGAAAUAAAUUUGUCUAUAAAUAAGCCCAUUUCUUGAUAUCUGUGUGAUCCCUCAGAUUUGGCCUUGUCCCCACACCAUUCAUAGCUUGUUUUCUUCAAUCUUGUUAUCUUGGUUUUCUGCAGGGUCUUCUCUGUUUCAGUGGGUUUAAUAAGGCAGCCAUGAACGCUCUUGCAGCAACCAACCGCAACUUUCGCCUUGCAGCUCGCCUUCUUGGCUUGGAUUCCAAGCUUGAAAAGAGCCUUCUCAUCCCCUUCAGAGAAAUCAAAGUUGAGUGUACGAUCCCCAAGGACGAUGGGAGUUUGGCUUCCUAUGUGGGAUUUAGAGUUCAACAUGACAACGCUCGUGGGCCGAUGAAAGGUGGAAUCCGUUACCACCCUGAGGUUGACCCAGAUGAAGUUAAUGCUCUGGCUCAACUAAUGACAUGGAAGACAGCUGUAGCAGACCUUCCAUACGGUGGAGCAAAGGGUGGGAUUGGCUGCAACCCAAGGGACUUGAGUAUUAGUGAGUUAGAACGUCUGACUCGUGUUUUCACUCAGAAGAUCCAUGAUCUCAUUGGAAUUCAAAGGGAUGUUCCUGCCCCUGAUAUGGGAACUAAUGCACAGACAAUGGCAUGGAUUCUUGAUGAGUACUCCAAGUUUCAUGGGCAUUCACCUGCAGUGGUGACAGGAAAACCUAUUGAUCUUGGGGGUUCAUUGGGAAGGGAGGCUGCAACAGGACUUGGAGUGGUUUUUGCAACAGAGGCUUUACUUGCAGAGUAUGGGAAGUCAAUUACUGAUACAAAGUUUGCUCUACAGGGUUUUGGUAAUGUGGGCUCCUGGGCGGCAAAAUUUAUUCAUGAGAAGGGAGGCAAGCUCGUUGCUGUUAGUGACAUCACAGGUGCAGUUAAAAACCCAAAUGGAAUUGAUAUCCCAGCUCUGCUGAAACACAGAGAGAUCACUGGAACUCUCAAGGAUUUCCAAGGCGCAGAUUUUAUGGACCCAAAUGACUUGCUUGUUCAUGAAUGUGAUGUUCUCGUCCCAUGCGCCUUGGGUGGAGUUCUCAACAAGGAAAAUGCUACUGACAUUAAGGCAAAAUUCAUAGUAGAAGGUGCAAACCAUCCCACUGAUCCAGAAGCAGAUGAGAUCUUAUCUAAGAAAGGAGUUGUUAUACUCCCUGACAUAUAUGCAAACUCUGGUGGUGUGACUGUGAGCUACUUUGAAUGGGUACAGAACAUUCAAGGAUUCAUGUGGGAAGAAGAGGAAGUGAACUUUGAGCUGAAGAAGUACAUGACAAAGGCUUUCCAUGAAAUCAAGGCAAUGUGUAAACUUCAUGACUGCAACCUGCGAAUGGGUGCCUUCAGUUUGGGCGUCAACCGGGUUGCACGUGCUACCCUCUUGAGGGGUUGGGGAGCAUGAGCCAAUCUCUUAUUCCUGCCGUUCUUUGCACAUCAGAUGCAUUCACAGGUUAUCAUCCAAGAAAAAGUUA